UUGAGGGGGGGGCUCCAUCUGGCAGGCAGGGGUGGCAAUGCGAUUCGAUCAGAUGCACACAGAGGAGUUGUUGGAGGAGCCAGAGAGAUCGGCGAUCUGCGAUGCUGCUGAGCCAGUGCCGUGGUCGCGGCCUACUGCCCGGUGCGGGGAACAAGCUCUCGCAGUCUCGGUCCCAGUGAGCGGGGGCUGCCAACACAUGGGCAGGGAUCAGAUAUUAUUGUAUCUUCGUUCCUCUUUCUUGCCUUUUUGCUGAUCCCCUGUUGCUCUGCGCUUGUCCAGAGUGGAGCCGCGGGUUUGCCACUUUUUCCCUGUAUCGUACCUGCCGAGGCGAAGCAUCUGUUUAUUAAACCAUGCUAUAUCUCACGUGAUCUGCUUCGUGCAAGUGCGAGUCGGUGUUGGAAUAGUGAUCGCAUGGUCGGGCGUAGGUUAGGUUAUGAGGUGUGGAGCGGAGAGGUUGUGAUUUGGAGGAUCUGUUUGUGACGGCGGGGAGAUUCCUUGCUUUUGGUGAGGUUGGGAGGUGUAAAUUGAUUUCACUUUGCGGAUCCGGAGGGAGAGAUUGGGCGACAGGAGGACGACGUUAUAGAUUCGUUCGGGGACGAGAGUGUGCCGAUGGCGCGGAAGCCUAAGAAGAAGCCGGCGGCGGGUAAUGCUGAAGCAAGUUUGAAGGAUGCGGAGAAUAGAGAUGGUGGAGAUUCAAAGGUGGAGGAAGCGGAAGAAGAGAAGCGGGAACUAAGUCCGACGGAGGUAAAUGAGCGAAAGGAUGCCGGGGAGGAGGGGGAGGACGACAAUGAGGAGUAUUAUGAGGAUUAUGAUGAAGCUUACGAGGAGGCUCUCGCAGAGGCAGAUGCAGAUGCGUCGUCCCUCGAGAGUUCGCCUCCUUCUUCUCCUGGGCCUCCUCCUGUACGAUAUGAGCCUUUGCCUACUCCUAUUUCCUCUAAGGAUGAUACUGCCUCUGACAAGCCUGUGCGAGUUUAUGCGGAUGGGAUUUACGAUCUUUUCCAUUUUGGACACGCUCGAUCUCUUGAGCAGGCAAAGAAGUCGUUCCCCAAUGUCUACCUUCUGGUUGGAUGCUGCAGCGACGUUCUGACUCACAAGCACAAAGGAAAAACUGUUAUGAAUGAAGCUGAGCGCUAUGAAUCUCUUCGACAUUGCAAGUGGGUGGAUGAGGUGGUUCAAGAUGCACCGUGGGUGAUUUCGCAGGAAUUUCUUGAUAAACACAAUAUCGACUAUGUUGCUCACGAUGCUCUCCCGUAUGCAGAUGCAACAGGAGCUGGCAACGAUGUUUACGACUUUGUUAAAAAAGCUGGAAAGUUCAAAGAGACAAAGCGGACUGAUGGGGUUUCAACCUCGGACCUCAUCAUGCGAAUUGUGAAAGAUUAUAACGAGUAUGUUUUGCGGAAUUUGGCUCGCGGAUAUACCCGCAAAGAUCUUGGUGUCAGUUAUGUUAAGGAGAAACAACUUCAAGUGGGUGUGGGUAUCAAUAAGUUGCGUCAAAAGGUGAAGGAACAACAGGAGCGUGUGGGUCAAAAGCUGAACACGGUGGCCAGUGUAGCAGACUUGAAUGAGUGGGUUGAAAAUGCUGAUCGUUGGGUUAGUGGCUUCUUGGAGAAGUUUGAGGAAAGGUGCCAUGUCAUGGAGUCCGCAAUCAAAUCACAAAUUCAGAAAGGUCUCUUACUGCAGCAGUCUCAGAUUAAGGAGCGAACGGAUAAGUUCUUGACCAAUGGAACUAAGUCUGGCAAGGAGGGGAGCUCACAUCCAAAGAGGAGCACGUCGAAGGGGCACACAAAGUCGUCUGUCUUUUAGGAGAUUUCUUUUUGACUAAUUACUCUGUAUUCUUCAAAUGCUCAGACUCACGAAGGGAUCCUAUUAUUAUGGAUUGUCUUCAAGUUUGCAACUGCUACAUGAUACGUAGGAAUUUCUAUGUGUUGGUCAGCUAAAGUUCAAGCCUAGGUAAGUUUUCUUUUAACUUUUAAGGUUAACUUGCGUUUCAUUGGAGAGUUCAUAAGAAGUCUUCUGUACAUGUGCCUACACAGUCGUUUUACUACCAUGUGCUGGACUUUCUGAAGUUCGUAUUAUCUGAAAAUGUUUGUGUAGCCUCAUGUUUUCCCAUGCAUUUCUGCUCUGUAUAGGGCACUUAUGAUCUCCUCUUGUGGAGAGGGUUGAUGCAGUGAAGUCUCUUUAUGAACAUUUCUGAAGAGUCUACACUCAUCAGAUUUUCGCUGAAAUAAUCCAGAAGGUUAUCCUAAAA